ACUCAUUUGAAAACCCACACAGAACCUCCAACCUCUAACACCAUGGUUAACUCUUGUUCUGGCUCUGUCUGCUCUGAUCAGGGUGGUGACCAAGGCCUCUGGCAGGAGACCUGUUGCCAGCCCAGCUGCUGCCGGACCACCUGCUGCCGCCCCAGCUGCUGUGGGUCCAGCUGCUGCCGCCCUACCUGUUGCCAGACCACCUGCUGCAGGACCACUUGCUGCCGCCCUAACUGCUAUGGGUCCAGCUGCUGUAGGCCCAGCUGCUGUAGGCCCUGCUGUGUGUCUAGCUGCUGCCGCCCCAGCUGCUGUGGGUCCAGCUGCUGCCGCCCUGCCUGCUGCCAGACCACCUGCUGUAGGACCACUUGCUGCCGCCCCAGCUGCUGUGUGUCCAGCUGCUGCAGGCCCAGCUGCUGUAGGCCCAGCUGCUGUGUGUCCAGCUGCUGCAGGCCCUGCUGUGUGUCCAGCUGUUGCCGCCCCACCUGCUGCCAGACCAACUGCUGUAGAACCACCUGCUGCCGCCCCAGCUGCUGUGGCAGUUCUUGUUAUUGAAUGUCCUGAUCUGGAUCUGUGAAGCUGCUUGCCUUCAUCAUCUCAGUCCAGGCAGAAGGCAUCUAUUCAACAGAACAUGUGGACCUCCUGAAAUCAUGAACUUACGAAUAGAUCCAUGGAGUGCUUUGGAAAACCCUCGUCUAUAUGCUAUUACUUAUUCAUUUUAUAGAAACAUUCCAUUAGUAGUAAUUUAGAAUUUGCUGUCAAAUUCUGCAUCAAUUUGUUCUAGAAUUCCUAAUUCUGAUUCAAAAUAUAAAACUCCUCAAAUGUUCCACUUUUAGAUUUUUUGUUUUUAGUUUUCGGUAUUUUUC